UGUGACAAACAACAAGCCGUCGUUGAUUCAAUUUGGUGCUUGGGCGAUGAAACCCGAUCGACCGUUUGGAAUAAAAAAGCGUAAAAGAUGUCCGGGAUCGCGUAAAUUUCGUGUGAGCAUUAAGAAACUUGGACAUUCAGAAGUUGAAAUGCAAGAUGAAUGGGGAACAUCACAAACAUGCGCGAAUUGUCAGGAACGCUUUCCAAGGCACACAAAAGAUGAUCGAUUUAAAGUGUGCUACGAUUGUAGAGCGAAAAAGAUUGAUGGCCUGCCAGAUUCAGUCGCUGGACUGCCAGAUAUCAUUGUGUCAACGGUCAACAGACGUGUUUUGAGAAGAAAACGUGCAAUUAUUAAGCGACAAAUUAUCGAUGGCAAUCGUGAGGCUGUGAACGAAAAGAUUCGGACUGGGCGUUUAAUGUCAAAGGUUAAAGUUACCUACAAAAAUUGGCCAUUAAAUGUUGAUGAUGAUGAUGUUGUUCCACAAACAGUUACUUGGCACCGAGAUAUUGUUGCAGCAAAAUGCAUUAUGCUCAAAGGACUUUGCCGGAUCUUUGAUGUACCAUUGCCAGUUUCAUUGUUAAGACCGCCGGACCAAAACAACAAUGGCAACUAACAAACAUCAUCAAUUAAUCAUACAUUCAAAAAAUUACAUAAAAUAAAAUAUUUUAACUAUUAUAGUUAGCUUAGCUAGACAUGAACAGACUAUAUAAAGUCUUGUGGUCUAGUUGUACAAUAGUACAACAUUGUACGGAGGGGGAGUGCCCGUAGGUGAGUAAAGUUUUUAAUUUAAAAAAAGUAUUUUAUACCCAGUUCAACUGAUACUAAUGGUU